CGCUCACCCUCCCGCCUACUAGCAACACGGUACACCCGACGUGCUCUGGCCGUGGCCGAGGCGAAGGUGAAGGAGCGGAGGCGAAGGUGAAGGAGAGGAGGUGGAGGGUGUGAGUGAGGAGGGAAGGAGAUGCUGGCCGUGUUCGACCGGGCGGUGGCGCCGAGCCCGGAGGGGCUGCGGCACCCGGGGGCGGCCGGGGACGGCGCGGCGGGGCUCGCCGGCCGGUUCCGUGAGGCCCACCCCGGCGCGGUCACCGUCGGCCUCGGCCCCGGGGGCGGCACCACGCUGGCCUACUCGUCCCACGGACAGAGCCCCCUUCUCCCCAGGUUGUUUGCUGCCGUGGAUGAGAUCUUCUGCCUGUUCCAAGGCACGAUCGAGAACAUCGCGGUGCUGAAGCAGCAGUAUGGAUUGCACAAGGGCUGUACUGAGAUCAACAUCAUCAUCGAGGCGUACAGGACAUUGAGGGACAGGGGGCCUUACCCUGCAGAUCAGGUUGUGAGAGACAUAAAUGGGAAGUUCGCAUUUGUCCUCUAUGAUUGCUCCAACAAUUCCGUCUUCAUGGCUGCUGAUGCUGAUGGCAGCGUUCCAUUUUACUGGGGAGUUGAUCCUGACGGUCGUCUUGUGGUUUCUGAUGAUGAUGAAAUUGUGAAGAAGGCCUGUGGAAAAUCCUCUGCACCAUUCCCUAAAGGCUUCUUCUUCACCACAUCUGGAGGAUUGCAGAGCUACGAGCACCCUAUGAACGAGGUGAAACCAGUGCCCAGGUUUGACAGCAAGGGAGAGGUAUGUGGGACAACUUACACGGUCGAUGCAAAGGCGAAGAAGGACAGCAGCAUUCCUAGAGUUGGCAGCGCUGCAGAUUGGUCUUCACAAUACUAAGCAGUGUAAAUCGUCAGAAGCAGCAUAUGGUAUGAUGACCUAGAACCUUUCUGCAAUUACAUGGAGCACUAACUAAGAUCCUGGGUUGUUUACGGUUUCAAGUGGCAUGUGCCAUCUAAAAUGUUCAUCUGGAGGGUCAACCUUGUGCUGUGCUGUUGUCUGAACUACUGCCCUGUCCAACCAUUACUGAAGAAUGAGAGCUUGGGUCUUAAAUUCCAAUAAAAGGCAAUGCUUUGCAGAUGUGUAAAUAGAUGUUUUGCUUACUACUGCAAUAUUGCUGAACAAACAGCAUAUUUACAUCUAUGGCUACAGUGAAUCAUCCCUAACAAUGUGUGUUCCGUAUGUAAUUAGUAUUAUCUUCCCUUCUGAGUGAUUGAGGUUCAGUGCCAUAAAUAAGACCAUGACUUGUUUGCAUUUUCCCAUACUUGAUACUUCUCAUGAUCCUUGGUAAGCAUGUGUAGAAA